AUGGAUCAGAAUCUGACCCUCAGCCAACAAAGAAAAGCCGGAAUGAACAAAUUGCACAAGCUCAGCGAGGAGGAGGUUAUUCGCCUUCGAGGUGUUGAACUAUCUCUCAAGGAUGAAUUAGAGAAAGCACGAGCCCAGCUCCGAGAGAGCAAAUCAAAAACCCCAGUAUCAGACUCACCAAGGACUACACCAAGUCCCCCCACAACCAGCCCAGAGCCAAUUGUGGUGCAAUGGGAUGAGCUGUAUCGGAUAUCACCCGAGCCGGCUUGCUGCAUCAAAGCCGCCGAAAACGCUCCCCCGGAGCUGGCACGGACAAAUACCAAUGAUCGUGUCAUACAGGAUACCCAACCUCCCCCGCCUCCGUCAUGGGCAGAUGCUUUCUCUCCUGGGUCGGCUGUCGCAAGUGAGAGCUUAUCGGCGAUGAAGGAUGUGGAAGUCAAUGAAACCUUGCUUAGCCUUGAGAUGGGAGUACAAUGCAUUCUUCGACUGGAAACGCCUUGUCUCCCUCACCUACGGAAUGCCAUGGUCAUGGAACCACAAAGGGAGGGAUACCUAGAGGCACCAUACAACUUUGGGACGAACCACGCUUAUAAUUUAUCGACGCGCCUCAUCAACGAGUAUACCUCCCCUUCCUCGCCGGGAGGUGCUCGUAUCGCAGCUCAUGAUCUAGACAAUUUACUGCAAGCUAGUACGCGGCUGCAGCUGGUCGAUGAGUUGACGCCAGUUCAGGUCUGGGCUCUGGUCUGUAAACUCGAUAGCAUCUGUCGCAUUGACCCAGUGCUGGUGACUGCCAUGUUCGACGAGUUGUCCAACUACAGCUACUGUAACAGCUCUCGUAAUUUUGGCAGUUUUGGAGCAGCUAUCACCAAAGCCACCAUCAAAGCAGGUUUUCAACAUUUCUUGGGUUGGUCCGACGAUAUAUGA